CUCGGUUGUAUGAACCUACAGUCUUUGGCACGAAUAGCGGUGCGCGCAUACACGUAUACAGAUGCACAUGGGAAGACGUGCGUGAACGCACACAGCACCAUCUGGCCAACCAGUGCGGCCCACUGUUCAAGGCCGGCCGGCCGGCCGGUAAGUAGCCAGACAGUUGACCCCUCCGUUCAUAUGGCACCCAUUCCCCUGCCAGGUAUUUGUCUUUAUCUACGCAAUUUGGACGUCUAGUAGCUAAACACACCUAUAAUUUCAGCUGAGCGAGUUUACUUGUCAGGACAUCACAAUCACGAUAACCGCCAUUGGAGUUUGUUCGGCCUGAGAACACGCUGCUCAAUCAGUGUGUUCUCCUACGUUGACCGUACACAUAUUGUUGUUUUGUCAUUAACAUUCAACUGAAAUGCCGGUGACGUUUCUGAGUACAGAAACUAUGCAGCUUUACCGCUGGGGAACAAGAAUGCAGCGUCGAUCUAAUCCAAUCGGCAGUCGACUCGCAAUGGUGUUCAUCUUAUUCCUCUCCAGCAUCAUCCUUUCUGCUACCGGACUACUCAGUGGCCGUCCAGAGAGUCCACAGGGCGCUCCAGAACUUCUCAGAGCCAUACAUCUUGCGGAACAAGCUUAUGUGGAACCCUUCCCUGGUCACUGCCGUACCAGAUUGGAUGAGUUUGGUCAAGCACGACCGCUGGAUGAACCGACACACGCCUAUUCCAUUGCUCGGGGGAUCAGUCUGUACAUUGAGGGGAGCCGUCUGACCCCAAAUCUCCCGCUGUCAGAAUUAUCGGUGCUAUUCACUGCCAGAGUUGACCCGGGGUUUGCCGGCGAACUCUUUACUCUGUAUGAUCGCCAUGGCCAUAUUCAGCUCAGUUUGACUUUUGGACGAAAGUUAACUAUACAAUACCUCGUGCGCCCCACUGCUCUGCCUCAUCCACGAAUCUCUCAGGUUGACAGAAACCAACAAACAGAAACUAUAGGGUUCCAAACAAGACUUGACGACGGUCUGUGGCAUCGAGUUGCAAUCAGUAUGCAGAAAGCUGAAGUCCGAUUGUUUGUGGAUUGUCGCCAAAGGGAGUCAGUUGCAUACAACAGGACAACCAUAACGGUGGAUUCCCGUGGUCGGAUGCGAGUUUUGAAGGAUGGAAUUCAAGGUGCUAUCCAAGACCUGUUUGUCGCACCGACAGCAGAUAUCGCGAGCAAACAGUGUGACGUUUAUACAACCGAUUGCUUGGAGGAUCAAAUGAUGGGUGAUGAAGCGGCAUCCCAAAUCGAGGAGACACUUCGCGGACCAAUGGGAGCGACUGGAGCCAUGGGACCCCCUGGUGAUAAAGGUGAAAUGGGCCAUAAUGGCUCAGUGGGUCUUGCUGGAGAACCCGGUCAACCUGGUCCAGCCGGAUCGCUCUUUGUUAUCCCACUGAACUUGGGAGUCGGAGAUGCCAAUUACGCGCGUGCGGCAGUGUUUCGGGAUUUGCUUCAGAAACAUCUGCUUUCACUCAAAGGUGUACGAGGUGCUCGAGGGAUGACUGGAAGCCCUGGACCUGAUGGAAUGCAAGGAGAACGAGGGAUCAAGGGCGAACCUGGAGCUCCCGGUGAGACUGGAUUUCAGGGACCUCGUGGUCCUCUCGGUAUGCCUGGUCGACCAGGUCCUGCAGGUCGUCCGGGUCUGGAUGGUUCACGUGGAGAUCCGGGGGUCAAUGGAGCUCCGGGCGAAGAUGGGCGUCCAGGGGAUUCGGGGUAUAUGGGUCCGAAAGGCUUGAAAGGAGAAAUCGGUCCACGAGGACCGAAGGGAGACGUUGGACUUCCUGGAGGUGAAGGUCCACGUGGACCUGUUGGGGAACCGGGUGAACAAGGGGAUGUCGGUCUACCGGGGUUGCAAGGACCAGUGGGUAUACCAGGACCGCAAGGCCCCAGAGGAAAACCUGGUGGUCCAGGACCCCAUGGAAGAAAGGGCGAAACGGGCGAACAAGGCUUACCUGGUUUGGCCGGCCCGCCAGGCCCUGUUGGCGCUCCAGGACCUGAAGGUAUUGCUGGCCCCCGUGGACCCCCCGGACCGCCUGGCAUUCGCGGACGUCCGGGUGCAGUCGGAGUGCCAGGGUCAGAUGGUCCACCGGGAUUUCCAGGUCCAAAAGGUGACAUCGGUCCCAAGGGAGAAUCUGGCGAUCCGGGUCAAAAGGGAGAGGCAGGCACACAGGGGCCACGUGGUUACAAAGGGGAACGAGGCCGUAUGGGCGCGAUCGGAAUAAAAGGCGAUACGGGCAAACCAGGACCGAUUGGUGUUGCAGGGGAGAUUGGUCCAAAAGGUUUGAAGGGUGACAUUGGCCUGAUCGGUCCGGUGGGACGCCCUGGACCGAUGGGAGAGAAGGGAAACCCCGGGCCACCAGGACCAAUUGGGGCACGUGGGGAUCCUGGCGGAAAAGGUUUUGCUGGUGCUGUAGGACCCCCUGGUCCCCCCGGUCCGGAUGGCGAGCGGGGUCCAAUAGGACCAACUGGACCUCGAGGUCGGGAUGGAGAUAAGGGCGAGGUGGGUAGUCAGGGUCCUCCCGGAGACAGCGGUGAACAAGGCCAACGUGGACUCCCUGGUCCUCGUGGUCCACCUGGAAAACCUGGACCAAUUGGAAUAAAGGGCGACGCCGGAGCGGUUGGACCGGUAGGUCCCGCUGGACCCAUUGGUGAACCCGGAGUUCAAGGCCCAAUGGGCCCAGUCGGCCCACCAGGACAACAAGGUGCAGUAGGUCGACCAGGUCCAGCCGGAUUUCCAGGUCCUAGAGGUGAACCAGGUGAACGCGGACCUCCAGGUCAACCAGGACCACUCGGCGCCACUGGGCCAACAGGUGCCACCGGUGAUCCAGGCCCUGAUGGAGAACGAGGACCGGUUGGUCCUGGAGGCCCCACUGGUGAUACAGGGAAAGACGGUCUACCCGGACGAGAUGGCUCACCAGGCCAAAAAGGUGUCCGUGGUCCACAAGGCCUGCCUGGUGGAAGGGGACCACGUGGAUUCUCUGGAUUCGAUGGACUACCCGGUCGCAGUGGGCCCCCUGGAGCAAAGGGCGAGACUGGCCCGGAUGGUGAGGUUGGCCCAAUCGGCAGUAAAGGCUACCAAGGCGAUCAAGGUCCAAUGGGUCCUAUCGGUUCUCCAGGUUCAAUGGGUCCCCGAGGUCCUCCAGGACCUGCUGGGGAGAAAGGAACGACAGGUUUGGAUGGUCCGUAUGGACUUGUCGGUUCACCAGGUCCUCGAGGUCCUCAGGGUAGGCCAGGACCAGUCGGACAGAUUGGCCCACAGGGCUUUGAAGGCGAAAAGGGUUCAAAGGGUGCGAGUGGGUCACCUGGCGUCAAAGGGGAUAAAGGGGCUAAUGGCAUACGUGGACCACCAGGACCAGUUGGAAGCCCCGGAUUGCCAGGAAUACAGGGACCGCCGGGGAUACCUGGACAACCGGGAGAGGAGGGACCCCAGGGACUAUCAGGACCCGAAGGCACUCGAGGAAUCGCUGGAUCACCCGGCCAAGUUGGUAUGCGUGGAGCACCUGGAGUCUCUGGACCUCCGGGUGAGAAGGGAGACGCAGGGACACCUGGUCCACGAGGUCGAACUGGCUCACCGGGAUUACCUGGUCCCCCUGGUCAGGCUGGCAUUCCGGGUGACAUUGGUAGUCUUGGUCCUCCUGGUAUGACUGGAGAGAAAGGUGAUGCAGGUCAACAGGGACCUCCUGGCUCUCCCGGGUUCGAAGGAAUAGCCGGGUUACAGGGGCCUGUAGGUUCUCCAGGAGAAGAAGGGCCUUUAGGGCUGGAGGGUCCCCUUGGAGACAUGGGCGAACAAGGAAUACAAGGACCAAAAGGAGAAGUGGGCCCUCCAGGAUUGCCCGGACCUGCAGGUGUUAAAGGUCCCCAAGGUGCCAAAGGAGCUCCUGGCGGUGUCGGAGAAGAUGGGUCUCUGGGUCCACGCGGAAAGCCUGGUGAGCCCGGGAGUCGUGGAGCACCGGGACCGCCUGGACCAGAAGGUUCGCCGGGCAUGACGGGACCACAGGGUCCAGAUGGUCCUCGGGGUCAGAAGGGAGUGAAAGGGGAAACCGGAGAAGUCGGGCCACCAGGUGAACCUGGAAGACGUGGUCCUAUUGGCGCCAGUGGACCCAGAGGUCCACCAGGUGCUAUGGGACCGCGUGGCCAACCGGGCUCAGUUGGACUACCUGGCAGUCAAGGUGAUCGCGGGCCAGACGGUGUAACAGGUCCUCAUGGAGAUCCCGGGGAAGCUGGUAAACCUGGUCCAAAGGGAAUUAAAGGCGCCGAUGGUCCAAUCGGUCCAAUGGGUCCCCCUGGACCCAAAGGAGAAAAGGGCAUUCCAGGUUUCAGUGGGGAACGUGGACCACCUGGGCCAAAGGGUGUAAUGGGUCCGCAAGGUCCGGAAGGGAGACCUGGCCCUCCUGGACCACCAGGUACGGAAGGCCCAGAAGGAUCUCCCGGAUAUCCUGGACCUAUCGGUCCACCUGGACCACAAGGAGCCAAAGGAGCACCUGGCGCAAUGGGUCCACCCGGUCCUCCCGGGGCGAUUAAAAUCCUUGAUGUCAGUGAAGGAUACUAUAGAUUCGAAGAUAUGCCACGCGCAAGACGAAGUGUGGACUCUAGUUUGACAAAACAGGAUCCAGACGAGGCCAUCACACCCAGCAACGUCCCGUCCAUCGGCGCUGUACUUCGUCGCGUGUAUGAACGAAUAGAAAAUUUGGAGAAUUCGUUGAAUAUGUUUGAUCGACCAGCCGGAACGAGACAGUAUCCAGCCAGGCACUGUCGUGACAUUCUUCGUUCAUCUGAAGCUCCUGAAACACUCAAGUUUGGACAAUACUGGAUCGAUCCUAAUCUCGGUUCCAAAGUGGAUGCGUUUUUGGCAGAGUGCCGUUUCAGAGAUGGCAAGACAGCACAGACUUGUAUUCAGCCAAUUCCUGAGUCACAAACGUUACCGCUGACGCAGUUCAAGAAGACAGACCGAGAAAAAGAAUGGUGGUUCUCAAGACUGAAGACACAGAUUCCAAAUCAAAACUUCACCCGAACACAGCUGUACUAUGCACCCCAUAAUCAGAUUCGCUACUUACAAAUGCUACACCAGACAGCAGAACAAUCGGUAACUUUCCUGUGUCGGAACACGGCAGUCUACUACGACACGAAGCAAAGGAAUCACAAAUCAGCCGUGCGAGCUCGUCUGUUCAACGAGGUCGAAAUAAACACCUACGAGGACAGACGAGUACGAGCCGCAAGCGGAACUAUGCUUUUAGAGGUCAAAGUGCGUGACGAAUGUAUGGAGCGGGCAUCGCAUCGAUCCACCAGUGUGUUUGAAUUCAUUGCCCGAGAGACCCAAAUGCUGCCCAUCUUGGACUUUCAACUGAUCGAAUUUGGCGAUACAGACCAGGAGAUUGGUUAUUACGUAGACUCCGUCUGUUUCAGUUGAUGCAUUUGUUUCCAGAAAGAGACAAUAUACUUACUUCCUUCGUGUACACAACUGAAAAAAUCUGCCCUACAGACGGCCAGUCCAUAUUGACUUACUAGCGGACGCACGGAGGCAACAGAAAAAAAGCAGUCUCCUCUGCUAUUAUCAUUAUUUGACUUUCAAAUAGGACUGUUGCGCUUUUCCGUUUAUGAGUGGUUUCGUUUGCUUCCUGCGCCGUUUGAUCAAACUGAAUAGAACAUUUUUGACACAGU